CGCAGCGCCGCAUUAUUGAUCAACUGUAGUGUGACAGUACAGAUCUGAACAGAGAAAUGGCAGAAACCGCUCCAGCUCCAGCAGCCCCGCCGGCGAAAGCGCCCAAGAAGAAAUCUGCAGCCAAACCCAAGACAGCGGGUCCAGGCGCGAGUGAUCUCAUCGUUAAAGCCGUGACGGCCUCCAAGGAGAGAAACGGUGUGUCUCUGGCCGCCCUGAAGAAAGCUCUCACCGCCGGCGGAUACGAUGUGGAGAAGAACAACUCCCGCGUCAAGCUCGCCAUCAAGAGCCUCGUGACUAAAGGCACGCUGGUCCAGACCAAAGGAACCGGUGCUUCAGGAUCUUUCAAACUCAACAAAAAACAAGUCGAGACUAAGAAGCCAGCGAAGAAAGCCGCUCCUAAAGCAAAGAAGCCCGCAGUGAAGAAGCCCGCUGCUGCUGCCAAGAAGCCGAAGACCGCAGCGGCAAAGAAGACCGCCGCAAAGAAGUCUCCCAAGAAGGUCAAGAAACCUGCCGCCACCGCCGCUAAAAAGGCAACGAAGAGCCCCAAGAAGGCGAAGAAGCCAGCGGCCCCCAAGAAGGCAGCCAAGAGUCCAAAGAAAGCAGCUAAAAGCCCCAAGAAGGUCAAGGCUGCAAAACCCAAGACGACAAAGCCCAAAGCAGCGAAGCCUAAAAGGGCCGCCCCGAAAAAGAAGUAGUUUACUUCUCCAGACUUUCUAUUACAAAAGGCUCUUUUAAGAGCCACCACCAGCCCACUAAAGAGUUGUGUUUCAGUGAUGUGUUGAUAUUAUGGUUGUGUUCUCACAUUUAAAUCUAUUCCUUUGGCAGACGCUUUUAUCCAAAGCUACUUACAGUGCAUUAUCCUUUACAUUUAUACAUAGAUAUCUGGGCUCGAACCCACAACCU